AUGAUGCGCUCCGCCGCCCUGCUGCUCCUGCUGCCGGCCCUGGGCGCGGCGCUGCGCCUGCCUCCGCCGCCCGCCUCCUCCUCCGCCGCCGCCAGCAGCAGCAGCAACGCCGGCGUCGUCGGGGCUUGCGCCGCCAGCGCCGCCGUCGUCGCCUGCCUCCUCCUCCGCGUCUUCAGGUCUGGCCGGAAGAAGAAGAAAACCCGAAAGUAUGACAUCAUCACCACUCCGGCAGAACGGGUCGAGAUGGCACCGUUGAACGAAGACGACGAGGAGGAGGAAGAUUCCACAGUGUUUGAUAUCAAAUACAGACCCUGGCUGGUUACUCUGGCCUGCGGGAACUGGGUGUGGGGCGCUUCGUUCCUCAUGAGGAAGAGGUGA